AAUUCGAGCUAUAGCUUCUCAUUACGCUGACGUGGACAAAGAUGUCAAUAAUGCUACACAGAUUUUGUUUGUCUAUAUCUGUUUGAUAUGCGUCGAAAGUCGCACAGUUGUUGUUUGAUAGUGUUCGAUUUCAACAGUGUAAAUUUAGAACCAAUUCUUAUCGCCAGGCAAGUGGAUUUAAACAAAAUAAUCAAGUCUGUAGAUGUAAACAGUACGCGAAGUAGCAUUCACUUUUUGAGUUACCUGAAGGGCAAUGCACUGUGGGUACGAGUUGUGUGGUGCGCAUGCGCAGUUCAGUUUACAGUUGGAGCUCGUCAGAAAAUGGCGUCGGCUAAGUUCUUGGAGGAAGCACUCAGUACAGACGUCGAUGAAUCAGCAGUCAGUGCUAUUGUGGGAACGUUGGAGACACAGUUAGUGACUACGCAGCCUGCAGUUUCCAGUCAGCAAGGAACAUCUGCGUCUGUGAAUCAGAAUCAUAUGAACAAUACUAUUGCUAAUGGGGGCACUGUCUCAACACAGAAACACGGUGUUACAAACGGUGGCCCUCCAUCUAUGAAUAUUUUGAAUGCAGAUGCAAAUAAAACUAUUUCUUCUAGUACGAUACAGAGUAGUAAUGUUGUUCAUUCAAGUGUUGUAAAUACUGUCGUGGCUUCUCUUCAUGGAGGAGUACCUACAAGUGGAUACUUAAACCAAGUAACUUCAAGUGCUAAUCAAGGAAAUAUAACAAAUAUUAGCAAAUCUCACGAACCUGUUAAAGUAGUUUAUCCUCCUGGAAGUCAAACGAACACUAGUACUGUCGGUAUUAACAUAAACAACAGAGUGAAUUUCCCAACAACAGCCCUUCCAAAUGGUAAUCUUGGAUUGUCUCCUAUUCCGUCUCAUACAGUGUUAAAUGCAGUCACAUCAACAGUCCAGAGUGCAGUGUCACAGUCUCAUUCACAGUCUGGAGCAAGUGUUACUGGUAAAAUUAGUGGUGUAGUUAGUGUUGACGGGAAACCUGGAACUGCUUUAGUGAUAAAAGCUAGUGGAAAUAAUAAUGCAACUCAAGGGACACCAAUAAGUGCUAAUUUAGUGACAGUCCCAAUGACUGUAAAUACUACCAUGGCCCUGACAGGGUCAUAUGUAAACACAGCUGUUGGAACUACUACUGGCACUACAACAGGAAUGUCAGGUGUGGUGACAUUAACAAAACCAGUUACACAUUCGGUGGGGACUUCACAGACGUUGGUAGGGAAUUCGCCUACUAUUUUACCAGCAAACGUUCAAAUUUUGAAUGUAAAUGCAGUUCGAUUAGGCACACCUGGUCAGCAAGGACAGAAGAGCAUACCACCAAGAGUUGUUAUAGGUGCACCACAUAUGGUUGGUGCUAGACCAGGGCAGCCAGGACAGAUUACACUACAAACACUACAAGGCUUGCAACCUGGUACACAAGGUCAUCUAUUGCUGAAGACUGAAAAUGGCCAGUAUCAAUUACUGCGGAUGGGGCCUGUACCGACAACGCAUAGUUCGACUGUUACUCCAAACAGUGGCACUGCUACGAUACCAAGUGGCAGUACCUUCAGGAUUCAGUCAGUUCCAGCGCAUGGAACAGUAGCUGUUGCGACAACAACAGCAGCUGCUAUUCAAGCAACACCUCCUCCAGCUUUAACAACUCAGACAGCAACUGUACAGCGACACACAGUUGACACUACCAAAGAAAAAUGUCGCAAAUUUCUUGCAAAUCUGUUGGAGCUCUCAAGUCGAGAACCAAAAUCUGUGGAAAGGAAUGUGCGUACACUAAUCCAAGAGUUGAUUGACACCAAGGUUGAACCAGAGGAGUUCUGCGAUCGGCUUGAGCGAUUACUGAAUGCAUCUCCACAACCCUGCCUCAUUGGAUUUUUAAAGAAAAGCUUGCCACUCCUCCGCCAGUCUUUAGCUACGAAAGAACUUGUCAUUGAUGGCAUUCGGCCACCACCUCAAAGUGCAGUUGUCUUCUCGCUGGCAAAUUCUACAAUGGUUCCUCAAGUGCAGACACAGCAGAUAAGGCCUCAAGUUGCAACGGCACAAGUGCGGCUAAUGGCACCUGUCAAUGCAGCAACACAGAGUGUAGGAGUGACUACUGUGCCUCGACCUGGGCAGCCAGUACAAACUCACAGAAUUGUUGCGCCUGUGCGGCCACAAACUCCUGUGACUCGGAUGAUAACAACAACGGCUUUGAGGCCUCAGUCGCCUGUCACGACUGCCACGACAACACUCCCUUCAACGAUUACAACGCAAAUAAGGGUACCUACUCCCACACUCCCUACUCCCCCACUUCACAUUAGGCAACCCGUGCAGGUGCAGACAAAAACCCCAACUGCUAUCCAGCUGAGACCUCCACCUCCUGUGCAGAUAAAAGCUGCAAUACCCCACAUUAAACCUCAGACAAAUGCCUUUGUCAAACCUCCUACACCUUCUCUCUUGCCAAAACCUGUAGCAAAAGAAAAAGAAAAAAAAUCAUUCUCAUCUGCAGGGUACACAGGAGAUGAUGAUAUCAAUGAUGUAGCGGCAAUGGGUGGUGUCAAUCUGGCAGAAGAAACUCAGAGGAUUCUGGGUUCAACUGAAUUUGUUGGGACACAGAUUCGUUCAUGUAAAGAUGAAAUAUUUUUACAUGCAGCUCCUCUUCAGCAAAGAAUCAGACAAAUUGUUGCUCGUCAUGGCUUAACGGAAGAGCCAUCACCAGAAGUUGCAGCACUGAUAUCACAUGCAACUCAGGAGAGGUUGAAAAACUUGAUAGAAAAAUUGUCCAUUAUUGCAGAGCAUAGAAUAGAUGUUAUUAAGGUAAAUAUAUAUUCACUUUCUGUUGUAACAAAAUCAUUUUUAUCUACUCAGUUCGUUAAACACUACUGUUUCUUUUGUUUAAAGAUGGAUCCGAGGUACGAGGUCACACAGGAUGUUAAAGGACAGCUUAAGUUUCUGGAAGAAUUAGAUCGUGUCGAAAGGAAGAGACAUGAAGAGCAUGAACGGGAGCUACUUUUAAGAGCUGCAAAGAGUAGAUCAAAAUCUGAAGAUCCAGAGCAAGCUAAAUUAAAAGCAAAAGCCAAAGAAAUGCAAAGAGCGGAGAUGGAAGAACUGCGACAGAGGGAAGCAAAUCUCACAGCGCUACAGGCAAUUGGACCAAGGAAGAAGCCCAGGUUGGAACUUGGCACUGGUGUUGGAAAUUCAAGCCAGGGAGGUGCUGGCAGUUCAAAUGGUGCAGGCAGUAGCCUUAACAGGACACAGCUACCAAUGAGGCCAAGGUUGAAACGGGUGAACCUCAGAGACCUGCUUUUCCUGCUGGAACAGGAGAAGGAGACUUGCCGAAGUACUCUUCUGUAUAAAUCUUUCCUCAAGUGAUUGUUGUUCUCACUUCUUGAGUGUUGCGAUAGCCAUGAUUGUCAUUGGCGUAAGUGCUGUGAAUCUAAAACUUCUACUGGUGUCCUGAUCCCUAUUCUUCUCAGAGCUUUUAUGAGAUAAUGACACUGUGAAAAAAGUGUGCAAUGUUGGGUGAAAUCAAAUGUCUUGAUUUAAAACAGGCAAGUCUUUCUUACUAAGUGUGAAAUGCUGAACUUAUACUUUGUGUAAAUAAACGUAAGAAGAGUCAUGGAUGGGUUAUUUGUUGAGUAUCUUAUGAUAAAAGUGACAAAGUGCACGGCAUCCCACUCCCAGGCGAACUUAAUGUGUAAUGAAAUCUUCCUUUAAACUGAUGAAUGAAUGUACUAACUUUUACAUGAAGUCUAAUUGUUACUUUCAGUACAAAGGCAGCCUUAAACACCAAAAUUUUCAUAUCUUUUUUUCUGUGUUCAGAAAAAAAUACUUUUCUUGUUAAAUUUUUGCUUUAAAUUGACUAGUGCACUGCUAUUUAGUAAUGUGCUAAUGUGAAACUUGGUGUACUAUACUGUCAUUUAAGAUACUGAAAAUCUUCCAGAUUUGUAGCAGAAUAUUGCUAAUACAUUAAAUUUUGUAUUUUUAUAUAGUUAAAGACAUUGCCUCAAACAAUAGUGCACAAUAGAUUGAAGCUCCUGUUUCUUUUACAGUCUUGUGUCUUACUGAUUUGCCUGUUUUAUAAUUGAUGUACAAUUUUAAAUGACUUGAGACUAGUGUAGUAAGUCCAGUGUCUUAUUGAAACAAAUAAAAAAAUGAAAAAGAAAAAAAACGAAAUAGGGGAAAAUGAGUCAUAUGUAUGUGUUGUUUCUGUAAAGUAUAGGAUAGUCUGUUCUACAGAGGAAUCUAAGUCUUACCCUUAAGUUACCAUGUAUUAUUAUUUUUUAUUUGUUGUUGAGAUUACUGUAAAUUGAUAGUGAAAUUAUAUGUGGUAUGUUAACUUUAACUGAUUGCCCAAAUUAAGCUAAUCAGUUCAAUAUGGCUACCCUACUUUUAAUAUUGCAUCAAAACUGGCUUGACACUCGUAUGUGUUAAAUAUUUUUAAUUUUUUGUUUUAAAUUUCCAUGGAUUGAUCAGUAACUAGAUUUAUACAGAUUUUUUAAUCUUGUGCUGAUGACUCAUCUGUCUUACAAAAAUGUGCAGUGUUUAUUGUGAUUAAAUUUAAGAGCCAGAUAAUUUCACUGUACCUGAAGCAUUUAAAAUGUUAUUUGUUACUGUUUUUUAUAGAUCUGGCUCUUUGCUUAUUUCAUGUGUGUUACUA